GAAAGUGGCAUCGGUGAGAAGCUGAAGUCGCAUGUAUGGCCAAAGCCACUCAUCGGAUGAGAAGAAGAUGCCAUGACCCAUGGCCCUGAGCAUGUAGAGAAGUUUUACUAUAAGUAUACCUCCUCAACCCAGAUAUAUAAUGCUCUCUGCCUGUUCGACUCACUCACCUUGUUGCACUUGCCUUGGACGCUAUACAUACAUCUCAUAAACUCAUCCGUAGUUACAUUAACACUAAAUCACUACAAUGCUUACUUCCUCGCUUGUCAUCUUGGCUCUAUCAGCCUUCUCAACUGCCCUCCCAACGACACUCGAGAAGAAAGAUACCGCUUGCUCAACUCCAAAAUCUUUCACAAUCUCGCGUUUCUCCAAAUUCACACCAGCAGCUUCCAAUCCACAUCCAGCACAACUUUCCUUCAGCUAUGGCGACGAUGGUGCCACUGUGAGCCAAACGAGCUGCCUAUUGACUGGGGCUACCUCGACAUCUAGCACGCCUGUUGCCUGCGCAAAUCCUGAUGUCAGCUUUCUGUUCGAAAACAAUCAAUUGACUAUUUUUGAGAACUAUACGCCUUGUGAUUCAACCACAAAGGCUAAAGUUCAAGGAACAAUCUACGUCGCUACGUACUGCUAUCCUAGUCCUCCACAAGUUCCGCUUGGCGAGGGAACGACAUGCCAGACCCCCAGUACCUCGCUUGGUGGCAGUUUGGCAGCGGCUUAAUCAAAAUCUCAAGGAAGACUUUUGUUCCGUGAAGUCUUCGUUUGGUGAUGAGAAAGAGAUGGCAAUGUGUGAAUCUGUUCUAGACUUUUGAACAAACGUACGAUGAUGAUCGAUUUUGGGUUUGAUGUUUAAUCUAGAUUGCAUUAGGUAUCAGAGAAGACAGUUGAACAAUAUAAGAUGGGAUUAGUAAAACAAAACGUUCCCUCGAAUAUGCCAUCAUUUAGAUGUGUCUGGUCAGCUCAGCCAACAGUACCUGUCACUCAUCCACCCCC